ACAGUUUUUCUCAAUUGCUAAAACACUAAACCCGGUUGUCUGAACCAAAUGCUCAGUGCCCUGAACCCAUUUAUUGAAAUGGUCAAUCUUUUGGCAGAACCUUAAGCACUUUUCACCUAGUUAGACACUUGCAACAACAACUUGCAAACAUAUUUUCACCCACUAAAACACAUUUGGCACUCUGAUGCACUUGGGCUGCAUAAUGUUAAGCACAGCUGGCAAAAGGGAAAUUCAAUGAAAGCACAGGUGUUUCAACUUAAACACUGCAACUCAAAAUUGAUAACACAUGUGACUAAUGAGGUGAAGACACCAAUAUAAGCCAGUCCAUGGGGCCCUGUUUGUUGAAGUCUCACUAUGGACAGAAACAAUCAGAGAGGCAGAGUAAGAGUAAGAGGUGGAAGAGGUGGAAGAGGAGGAAGGGGAGGUAUGAGACGAAGAACAAAUAUUUCAGAUGAAAUACGGGCAACUGUCAUAGACCAUGUUCUUGUCCACGGGUUGACAAUGAGGGAAGCGGGACUUCGAGUUCAGCCCAACCUAAGCAGAUUCACUGUGUCCACCAUAGUCCGAAGAUUCAGAGAAGAGAACAGAAUUACCAGAUUGCCACAUCAGGGAGGGAGGCCAUCUAUGUUGUCCCCACGCCAAGAGACCCUCAUUGUUGACAUGGUCCGUCAGAACAAUUCAGUCAAACUCUGUGAAAUACAGCAGAAGAUCGUUGACGACCAUGUUGAUUUUGAAGGCAUCACCAGUAUCAGCAUUUCCACCAUUGAUCGUGUCCUAAAACGCAACAGGAUGCGGAUGAAGCAACUGUACAGAGUACCCUUUGAGCGCAACUCAGAAAGGGUCAAGGAGCAAAGAUUCCACUAUGUACAGAGAGUGUUUCAACUGGAUUCCUCAGAACAACCACAUGAAUAUAUUUAUAUGGAUGAAGCUGGGUUCAAUCUGACCAAAAGGAGGAGGAGAGGCCGGAAUGUGAUUGGCCAACGAGCCAUUGUUACAGUUCCUGGCCAGCGUGGUGGCAAUGUCACUUUAUGUGCUGCAAUCAGCAAUCAUGGUGUUCUCCACCAUCAUGCCACAUUGGGGCCAUACAACACUCAACACCUCCUGACAUUUUUAAGUGAUCUUCGGGAUAUUGUGUUAGGGUUUCAGCAGCAGGAUCAUGAACAGACAGAGCAUCCUGUCUAUGUCAUUGUGUGGGAUAAUGUGAGUUUUCACCAUGCCGUGCAGGUCAGAGAGUGGUUCACUAGAAACCAAGAAUUCCUGAAUGUUUUCCUACCACCAUACUCCCCUUUCCUCAAUCCAACAGAGGAGUUCUUCUCUGCAUGGCGCUGGAAGGUUUAUGACCGACAACCCUACACCAGGGAAAAUCUCUUGCAGGCCAUGGAACUGGCCUGUAAUGAUAUAGGUGUGGAUGCAUGCCAAGCGUGGAUCCGGCACACUAGAAGUUAUUACCCACGCUGCCUGGCAAGGGAGAAUGUGGCCUGUGAUGUAGAUGAAGUCCUGUGGCCUGACCCAGCACAUCGACAUGAUGUUAUGUCGAUGACGAAGAACUAG